AUGGCCCAGUUCACCACUUACAUCAGCAAAGGCUUCGGGGAAGCCGCCUUCAAGUCACAUGCUUAUGUCCAGGCGGCCAGAGUGGGCGACGUCAUUCAUCUGGCUGGCCAAGGUGGCUGGGACCAGGAGACGUUUGAGGUCUACAAGGAGAUCGGCCCCCAAGUCGACCAAGCUUUUGCCAAUGUCGACUAUAACCUGAAAAAUGCUGGUGGAAAGGGAUGGUCCCAAGUCUUCAAGAUCCGGUCAUACCACACACAGCUCAACGAAGAGGCUCAGAACGCCAUGGUUCGCAACUUCAGGAAGUGGAUGCCUGAUCACAAGGCAGUAUGGACGUGUGUACAGGUUGGACGUUUGGGCGAGGAUAACAUGCGCGUGGAAAUCGAGGUUGAGGCUUAUGAUCCCAAAGCUUAG